AUGGCACCGGACCCCAACUCGCCACGAUAUCGCGUGGUACUCGCAUUCUUCCGUGCGUGCGAGGCGAACGACGCGGACACGGCCGUCUCGCUCUUCGCGGAGCCAUUCCAGUUCCGCGUCCUGCCCAAGGCGUCCGGGAGGCCCAUCAUCACAAACAGGGCUCACUUCCGGACGUUCCUGCAGGGCAUCCGCGGGUCCUUCAAGACAUACAACAUCGAGAUUCUCCGAGCACUGGACUGCGAAGACAACUUCAUGUUCUUUCACGUGAUGGUGAAGGGCGUAUCACUCCUCGAUACCAUGCUCAACAACGAGAUGAUCUUUCUCUUCCACUUCGAACCCAUUACAGGCCUUCUACAAGGCAUCGACCAGUACUUGGAUAGCGCAUCAACAGCGCGCUUCUUCGUCGAAGAGAAGGAGAAGAAAGACCAACAGCGCUCACGCAGCUCGUUGGGACCAUCAUAGAGAGAGCGCCUCCCACAGAUCCGGC